AUGGCUUCACGUUGUUUGAAUUUUGUGAAAAUACUAACAAAAAACAAGACUUAUGUUAGUUUUGUUCGCCAAAAUUUGAUGUCCACAACGAGUAUACCAAACGAAAAAUUGAACGCCGCAAAAGAAUAUAAAACGGAAAACAACAUAACCUAUUUAGAAGACCCAGACAUCUUUGGAACUCUCUCAAAUAGAUCCAUAAUAACUGAUGACAAGCUGGAAGAUGAAGGAGAUAUUCAAGAAGAAAACUUUCUAACAAACCGUCCAUUGAAAUCGCAACAGUUUUCUACUAAACAAUACGCAGACAUUAUAAAACAAUAUUUAAAUAAUAAAAGACUUAAAGAAGCUUUAGACAUUUUAGAAGUGAGAAUGUUAAAAGAAGACCAAGUCAAACCUGAGAAUUACAUCUACAAUAUUCUAAUAGGUGGCUGUGCAGAUUCAUGUAUUAAUAGUCCUUUUAAAGAAAAUGGUUUAAAGCUUGCAAGAAAUUUAAGAAAUCUAAUGAUUGAGAAAGGUAUAGAACCAAAUCUGACUAAUUAUAAUGUCAUGAUUAAAGCUUUUGGAAGAUGUGGAGAUCUUCCAAUGGCCUUUAAAUUAAUAGAUGAAAUGAUAGAAAAGAAAAUUAAAAUACGUGUUCAUACAUUAAAUCACUUACUACAUGCCUGUAUCUCUGAUAAAGAAUCAGGUUUAAGGCAUGCACUUAUAGUCUGGCGAAAGAUGUUAAAACUGAGGGAGAAACCAAAUAUAUACUCUUUUAAUCUUAUGCUUCGUUGUGUUAAGGAAUGUAAUUUAGGCACUAAGGAUGAUAUAGAAGAAUUAAUUGAUAUUAUUCAAGAGACCAGGCUUAUACCUACUAAACCCCAAGAACUACAAAUAACAGCUGGUGACAAAGCCCCAAGAAAUGUGUUACUUGCAGCAACAAAUCAAGUAAACUCUAAAAUAGAUAGCAACAUAGAAUAUAAUAAUGAUACUAUUACUACAAUCAGAAAUGAUGUUCAAACUACAGAAUCUGCUGACAUAUUACCAAAGGAAAUCACUGUUGUUAAUGAAAAUGUAACACUAAACUUUGUAGAUAAAAAUAAUCUACCAAUAGUGCCCAAACAAAGUGUUCCCAACUUACUAUCAAGAAGAAUUAACCUGGAUCAAGUUUGUGGAUUACAAGAAGUACACAGUGUCCAAGAAAAGUUUGCUAUCAUCGGUGGACAAGACGAUUUCUUGAGACAGAUGGAAAUAUACUCAGUAAAACCAGAUAUCAAAACAUUUACACAAAUGUUAUCUGUGAUUGAUGAUAGUAUAGAAGCAGAAAAUAAACUUCUGGCUACUGUUAAAGCUAUAAAUUUAAAACCCGAUAUAGAAUUUUAUAACAUGCUUAUUAAAAAACGGUGUUUAAGAAUGGAUUAUGAUAAUGCAUUUGCUGUGAAAGACAUCAUAGAAGAGGAAUCUAAAUCUAGAAAACGUCACCCAUUCAAUAAAAAGAGAAGAUUAAAAGUGGAUAUAAUGACAUAUGGAUCUUUGGCUAUGGCUUGUAAGACUAAAGAGGAUGCUGAAAAACUUUUAAAUGAAAUGAAAGAGAAACAACUCAAAGUAAACAUAGAAAUCUUAGGAACGCUCUUAAGACAUGGAACUACACAUUUCAAGUUUGGUUAUAUUGUAUACAUAAUGAAACUUGUUAAGGACGACAAUCUCAGAGUGAAUAAUACUUUUAUAAAACAUUUAGAAACCUUUAGUGAAAAGUGUGAAAAGCUAGUAAGACAGCACAAUGAGUCGCAAAGCGAUAAUUACCUAGUUCCAGCGUAUGCAAGAUUUAAAACUUUCUAUUGCAACUGGCUGAAAGAAGUGGACAUUGAAAAUGCUCUUAAUAUUGAAGAUCCAUGGAAGCAGUUCAAAGAACCCCAUCCAGACACAGUUCAAAGAGAGAAAUUCAAAAUAAUUGAACCAAAAAGGUUCUACAAAAGGAAGCCAAGAUAUGUCCGCUAUGUGCCGAGAGUAUAA